UUCAGAUAAAGCCUUCUAAAAAUUUGUAUUAACAAUGAGUGAAGAUGAACACAUCAGUAUGGUAAUAACGAAUGAUAGUAGUAUGAAUUCAGUGUCUGACGAUAAACAAAGACAAGUCAAAAGAUAUAAGCAUUACCUUGAUGCAGAUUUUAAGGGACAUGAAGUAUCCAUGCAAACUCGUCGAAAAUUAUUUAGACAAAGGUCAUCAAGUAUCACUAGUUCAUCGUCGGAGACUAUAGAUCAGAACGUAGAAGAUAGUGCAGCUAUAGAAGUUGCAAAAAAUAUUCAUGAUUCACCCGUUGAGAACAGAUUGAACAGAUUGAAUUCCUCUACUCAUAGUGAUGAAUUAGAUACGAAUAAUAUUGACAGAGAUUACACUAAUCAGAUAUAUGAAGAUAUGAAUGAAAGUAGUUAUUCGAUCGGUGAUAAUUUAAACGAUAAUAAUGAAAAUAAUAUACAAGAUGCUAUAAACGAUAAUGCAAGUAAAAACGAGACAGAAAAUCAAAACCUGAUUGAAAGCGAAAGCUGUGUAAGCGGAAAUGAGACUAAAAGUGAAAAUGAAAAUGAGAGUGAAAAUGAGAAUGAAGGUGUAAUGAAUGAUGAUGAUGGUAAUGAAAUGAAAUUUAUGCUGAUUAUUAUAGUGAUUCUAGUAAUUUUAUUGGUGCAGAUAGGUAUGAAGAUGAUGAUAGUUUUCUCCAUCGAUUAAUGUUUCCAUCCGCAAAUCUGAAAGUGCGUGAUAUAAUUAUGAUGACUUUUACACACACUUUACGAUUCCAUUUGUCUGAUGAAGCGCAUUUAGAACUUAUUAAAAUGUUCAAGCUGUGUGCUGGUAAAGACUUUAAAGAUCUUAAUCUUUCCAAACACAUGAUGUCAAAAUGUUUCUCCUCACAACAAGAAUAUGUCAAGUAUCAUUAUUAUUGUAAAGAAUGUUCCGAGUCAAUAGUAUACUCCGUAAGUGCAACAGAAACAGUUUUAACUCGAAGUGUUGUAUGCAAAAAGUGCGAACAAAGAAAUAUUAUAAAAGCUCUUUCUCCAAAUUAUUUUAUAUCUGUAAGUUUGAGGCACCAAAUGGAAGAAUUAUUAACAAAUGAAUUGAUUUUUAAUGAUAUUUUUAAAAAUGUUCGUUCUCGAUGCAA